AUGCCACCUAGAAGAUCGUUGCCAGCGUCUACAUCAGCUCCGCUUUCCACACCGAGAUCAAGGAAAGAUCUGGCUGGAAGCAAAUCACAAAGUCAAAGUACGAUCAAGAGAUCCCGUUCGAGACGUCAAGGUCCAUCAGAUGAUUUAUCAAUUACGAUUUCCCCUUCGAAACGACCCACGAAACGGGGGUAUGUAGUCCUUGCGGAAGAAGAUCAUGAUCGACCGACCGAUGGACUCACAGAAAUAGAAGUGGGAAAUGAAGGAAUCGAGCCAAAUCCGGCGUCGGUGCCGGUGCCGGUCGAAGAAGAGUUGGAGAUUGACCCAGAAAUCCAGCUGGAAGCAUGGCAAGACUUCGCUGCUGAACAUUAUGAGAUGGUAGAGCAACUUCCACUUGAAUUGCAUAGAAAUUUCAGAUUGUUGAGAGAAUUGGAUGAUGGAUGUUUAGCCCAAGUCAAAAGAUUGCACAUCCUAACCCGACACUACGUCACCGAACGAUUGGAACUAGAAAAAAAGCUUCGUAAACCCACUACGUCCUUACCUGAACGAGCGGAAGAGGUUGGAGGUGUUGUGAAUAUUACCGAGGAAGUAGAGGCAGAUGUGUCAAUGCAAGUUUCACCUCGUACUCAUGAGGAAGAAGCCGAGAAGCAAAAGGAAGAAGAUCAUGAUUUGAUAGAAGGGAAACAACAAACUGAAGGAAUUCCAGUAUCAGAUGGUCAAGGUGGACUCCUAAUUCAUCCAGAUCCAAUACCAAGCAUCCCAAUAAACCGCGGCAGUGGAGAAGCACAACUAGAGGAAGAAGAAGAAGAAGAAGAAGAAGAAGAAGAAACUGUCGAAAAUCCACCAAGACUUGAAUUCCCACAUCCAAGUGUAAUAGACACCCAUACUGUCCAAGUUGAACAGUCAGAUUUGCAACAGAACGGAGAGGAAGAUAAAGUCGAACCUACGCAGACCAACCCUUCGGUUAACCCCUCGCAGCCAGAAGCUGGAAACGAACCUUCAACCUUAGAACAAUCGCUUGCACAGAGAAAACAGGCAGAAGCCUCUCCUCAUCCAAACAAGCCUGCGCCGCAAGCGAACGGAGAGACAAGCGGGGUGAAGAGGAAGAGGCCCGAUGGACCUCAUGCGCAUCUACCUGAGAUAGCUAGAUUGGUCAGAGAAGUAGUGAGGACAGCUGAAGAGAAAGUAGCGGUUGCAGUCGGAGCUUACAAUGCUAUCGAUCGUCACAUCAGAGCUUUAGAUUCCGCUUUAACAGCUCAAGAGGCAUCUAUCCUCUUAGGACUUCGACCUUCAACUCUCCCUUCGGCCAAUGUGGAUGACGCAUUAAAUCUAAUAGCUGAUACUGGUGUACUACCCAAUCCAGAAGAGGAGGAAGAGAUGACUUUGGGAACGGGUGGUGGAGGUAGAAGGGGAAAGAAGAAGAGUAGAAAAGGUAAAAAAGGGAAGAUGGUUGAUAUCGGGGAGAAUAAAGACCAAGUUGUACUUCAAGAGGGUCAAGGUGAAACCUGGAGUAUUCCUGCUGAUCCUAACGAACCGAGAUAUUGUUAUUGUCAUCAAGUUUCCUAUGGUGAGAUGAUAGGAUGCGAGAACGAAGAAUGUCCCUUGGAAUGGUUCCAUCUCCCCUGUACAGGAUUGCAAGCUCCGCCAACGGGUAAAUGGUGGUGUACAGUCUGUAGACCGAAAGUAGGCUUGGGUAAAGGUGUUGGUAAAGUGGGAAAUAAAGCUGCGACGGGUAGCGCAACUAGGAAGAAGAGGUAA